AUGUCGUUGCAAUUGCUGAAUCCAAAGGCCGAGUCCUUGAGAAGAGAUGCCGCUCUGAAAGUGAACGUUACUUCUGCGGAGGGCCUGCAAUCCGUACUGGAGACCAACCUGGGUCCCAAGGGCACGUUGAAGAUGCUUGUAGAUGGUGCCGGCAAUAUCAAGCUGACCAAAGACGGGAAGGUGUUGUUGACCGAGAUGCAAAUUCAGUCGCCUACGGCGGUGCUGAUUGCCAGGGCCGCUGCCGCCCAGGACGAGAUCACGGGUGAUGGUACCACCACUGUUGUGUGUCUGGUGGGUGAACUGCUCAGACAGGCGCACCGGUUUAUUCAAGAAGGUGUGCAUCCGCGGAUCAUCACCGAUGGCUUCGAGAUCGCGCGGAAGGAGUCCAUGAAGUUUUUGGACGAGUUCAAGAUUAGCAAGACGGACUUGCCCAAUGACAGAGAGUUCCUCUUGCAGGUGGCUCGGUCUUCGCUGCUAACGAAGGUCGACGCGGAGUUGACUGAGAUCUUGACCCCCAUUGUCACCGACGCCGUGUUGAGCGUGUACGAUGCGCAAGCAGACAACCUGGAUUUGCAUAUGGUCGAGAUCAUGCAAAUGCAGCACCUAUCGCCCAAGGACACGACUUUUGUUAAGGGUCUAGUCCUGGACCACGGUGGCAGACAUCCGGACAUGCCCACCCGCGUGGAAAACGCGCACGUUCUGAUCUUGAACGUGUCCCUGGAGUACGAGAAGACUGAGGUCAACUCCGGUUUCUUUUACAGUUCUGCGGACCAAAGAGAUAAACUAGCCGCCAGUGAGAGAAAAUUUGUGGAUGCCAAGUUGAAGAAGAUCAUCGAUCUGAAGAACGAAGUGUGUGGCAUGGACCCUCAUAAGGGUUUUGUCAUCAUUAACCAAAAGGGUAUCGACCCCAUGUCUCUGGAUGUUCUUGCCAAGCACAACAUCUUGGCUUUGAGAAGGGCCAAGAGACGUAACAUGGAGAGACUGCAAUUGGUCACCGGUGGUGAAGCUCAGAACUCCGUCGAGGAUUUGUCGCCUCAGAUCCUGGGGUUUUCUGGCCUGGUCUACCAAAAGACGAUUGGCGAGGAAAAAUUCACAUACAUCACAGAAAACACCGACCCCAAGUCUUGCACCAUUCUAAUUAAGGGUUCCACCCACUAUGCCCUUGCUCAGACAAAGGAUGCCGUGAGAGAUGGGCUGAGAGCCGUGGCAAACGUCCUCAAAGACAAGAAUAUCAUCCCCGGUGCUGGUGCCUUCUACAUCGCCCUGUCAAGAUAUCUAAAGUCCGCCAACAUGAACAAACUGGGCGCCAAGGGUAAGACUAAGACCGGUAUUGAGGCGUUUGCAGAAGCUCUGCUUGUGAUUCCAAAGACUUUGGUGAAAAACUCUGGGUUCGACCCAUUGGACGUCCUCGCAAUGGUGGAGGACGAGUUGGAUGACGCCCAAGACUCUGAUGAAACAAGAUACGUGGGUGUGGACUUGAACAUAGGUGACUCUUGCGACCCCACCAUCGAGGGUGUCUGGGACUCCUACCGUGUGCUAAGAAACGCCAUCACGGGAGCCACCGGUAUUGCAAGUAACUUAUUGUUAUGCGAUGAAUUAUUAAGGGCUGGUAGAUCCACUUUGAAAGAAGGUCCGCAAUAA